AUGAGUGUCUCAGAAUUUGAUGAAGUCAAUCAAGGCCUUAGAGAACUUAAAGAAGUGUUUGAUUAUUUCGAUAAAGACAGGAGCGGGGAAAUAGAUUCAAGCGAAUUAGUCCAGCUUUUAAGCUGCCUUGGAGAAAAUCCAGUUGAAGAAGAAAUUCAGGACAUGAUUGAUGCUAUGGAUGAAGAUAAAAACGGAAAAAUCAGCUGAGCAGAGUUCUCAAAAGAGUUUAUAAGGAGAAGAGGGAAGAGAGAUAUAGACAAAGAAAUUCAAACGCUAUUUGGUAUGUUCGAUCGAGAUGAAACACAAAUAAUAACUAAGGAAGGCGUCUACUAUAUGAUGAAUAAUGUAUUGAAAGAGAAAAUUACUAUGCAAGAUGCAGAUGACAUGAUAAGAGUGGUUUCAGGGAGUCGAGGGUAUAUCACUUUUGAAGAGUUCAAAAAGUUAAUGAAAGAUGGGAUUUAA